GGUCCUUCCGGUUGGGAAUUGCGGUCUACAUACGUGUUGGAGAAGAUUCAUAUCUAUCUCGAUAUUUCCUGAUGCUACUCUUUUUUUUUUGUGCUCUUCUUUUACGCUUUUGCAAAGUAUCUCGCUGCAUUCUUUUCUAUAUUUAAUUGUUUGUUGUUGCUUGAUUCAGAAAUGCUUCGAAUAAUAUCUUCAACAGUGGGCAGGUGAAAUUGAGCAGACCGAGCGAAAUCUAGUGAUCGAAUCGACUGAUGAACGAAAAGAAGCACCCAUCCGUUCAAUUUUGAUUAUUUCCUCGGCUCCUUUCAGUCAGAGGGUAUUCAGCAAACGGUUGUACAUAAUAGGGAAUCCCUCAGAAGAAUUCGGAGAUAUAUAAAUAAUAGACACACGAUGGACGCACAAGCUGCCGCGGCACAAUUUCCACCCGGAUAUCUGGAAAAUUAUAGCGGGCACAAACUCGUCGUUACUUGCAUCGCUUGUAUUGUAUUGGAUAUAUUCUUCGUCUUUGCGAGAUUUAUUUCUAGGUGGCUUCAUAACACACCGCGGGGUUGGGAUGAUUUUCUUAUGGUGCCAGCCUUAAUAUUUUCCGUGCUGCUCGCUGCUCAGGGUCUAGUCGGAAUAAAUUACUGCGGAGUAGGCCGCCAUAUUGAAGCUAUUGAGCUGAGCGCCCCCUCAAAGCUCCUCUCCCUCUACAAACUCCUGAUGUUCUUCCCCGCAACCUACGCCAUCGCCGUCACCUUUCCCAAACUCUCCAUCCUCGCCAUGUAUCUCCGUAUCUUUACGGUCCCAUUUUACCGCAUGAUAACCUACUUUGUGAUCUACAUCCUCGUCAUAUCAUCCACUAUUUUAUUUAUGAUGAUGCUCUUCCAAUGCACACCCGUUGACUAUUUCUGGGACAAAACGAUCGUGGGAGGAAAGUGUCAUUUUGAUAUCGAAAAGCUAUUUUUAUAUGCUAGUUUGCCGAAUAUUAUUACCGAUGUCGUUAUGUUACUGUUACCAUUACCCUUCAUUUUCAGACUCAACAUGACGAGGAAGGUGAAGAUCGGGUUGGGUGUCACCCUACUCACCGGAUCAAGCGGUCUCGCCACAUCUAUCCUUCGUUUCGUCUCUUUCGCGAGUCAAUCAUUAUUCCCAGAUACUCCCCGCGCAGCCGUCGAUCUCGCCUUAUACACUAUUAUCGAAACGAGCAUGUACAUAAUUGCAGCUUGUCUCCCCGCCUGUCGACCCCUCUUCAACAUAAUACUCCACCCAUCGCGAAACUUACCACAAGAUCAAAAAGACGGUCUUAAUUCUCCCGACGACCAAGCCCGAACUUUACACGACGAUAUCGAGCUCCAGCAAAACAGCGAUACAAGCAGUGGUAGCGAAAACGGAAACGGAAGUGCAGGAGGACGCUACCAUGGGAUCGGCGACGGAUUCCGAGGAAUGCAGGGUCGAUUCAAGCGACUAGGAUCGGACGCCGGUUUAUUUCUCGGACGAAGAGACGUUUCUCCUCCUUCGCCAUCUCAAUCUUACCCUCACUCACAAUCUUCCUCGGCUCCCUCUCCCUCCCCCCAACCCCAAGAUCGCGAUCCGGACCGUCAAUUUUUAGAGCAAGCCGAAGGCCGCUUCGGCCUCGGUCUCUCAAAACUCCGUUCCUCGUCUCACGAGCGGAUCUUCAAAGCUCCCGUUUCCAAACAACAAUUUCGGGCGCCGGAGCGUGUGCACAUAGCUAAUAUGCAUGUGGGGCACAUGCAGAUGAGCCCCGAGGAAGAUAAAGAGCGUCAAGGGGGCCAUGCGAGAGAUGGGAUUCGGGUCAAACAGGAGUUUGAUGUGUAUUACGAUCGGCCGUCUCUAUGAUGACAUGGGUCUAGAAGAUAUUAGAGAGAGGGCGGCAUUUUAAAAAGCUAGAGAUUUUCUAGGUUGUGUAUAAGUGUAUUAAGUAUAUUGGGCGUUUUUUUUUUGGGAUACUAUGGGCAUUGGGAGGUGUUUGGAUAAUUAUGCAUUUCAGCGGGGUGGAUGGUGGUCUGCUUUUGUGUGUAUAAGGGUGUUGUAUGCAUACUUUGAUACCAUGGAGACGGUGGUUACUUGAUAUAUUAAAUAGUUAAAUAAAGUUAAUGAAAAUGAUUAAUGCUUAUAUUUUCUGGAUUGUUGUUUAAAAUUCA